AAGUUGAAAUUGAGGAAUGCUAGGGGCACACCAAAUGGCGUGUUAGCCUAUGUAGAUGAUUUGUAUAAUAUUCAUUGUUGGUCUCCUCGUCACCGUCUCCUCGUUUAUAUCACCCGUGAAUGUUUAUAUUCUCUUGUAUCAAUGAAACACCCUUUACAUCAAAUUAUUUUACAUGGUAUCACAUGGUCCCUGUCUCUGUUUCGAUUGGCUUUGUUCGUCCGUCUCUCUAAACCUAGUUUUGUCCGUCCUUGUUCCGAUCGGCAGUCCCUGUCUCUGUUUCGAUUGGCUUUGUUUGUCCGUCUCUCAAGUGAUCGUCUGCCUCUGCUUUGUUUUUCCAAUUUCUGAAGGUAGCCGGAAGUUCUCUGCUUUGUUUUGCCAAUUUCUGAAGUUCGUCGGUCUCUGAAGUUCGCUAGUCAAAGCCGAUCGCGAGAUUCAAUUCAUCGUCAGAGGUCCGUCACUCCAGCGCUCGUCCGAUAAGUCGCACGCUUCAUUCUCCGGUGAUCUGACUGUCCUAUCCCUGAAGCUCGUCCGGCGAAGCUUGUCCAAUAGUUGGGAAGUUUUAUUUUUGUGCGUCCGUCCGGCGAAGCUCAUCCUAUUGCGUCCGUCCUUUUCCACUGUGUUUGUGGAUAUUUUUGGCGAAUAAGGUUGAAAUUUGUGAAGCUGUGUUUUUUGUGGAUAUUUGUGAAGCUCUUCCACUGUUCAUCAAUUGUGAAGCUCUUCCAAAAUGAAUAUAAUGGUGAUAAGGACCGUGCGACAAAGAUGGAGAUUGGAUAUGGUGAUUUGCGAAACGGUGUGUAUGUCUUUGCUUCCCCUCCAGUGUCAGCUCUCGUAGCUAAUAUUGAUCCAUUUGUUCUUCAUCAACGACCGUAAUUAUCGAACGAAUUUGAAAGCAGGCAAAAAAUUUAAAGAGAGAUCGAAACAUGAAGAACGGUAAGGUAGGGGCGAUCGUUAAGCGACUGGUGUCAGUGCUGAGCGCUGUGGCGAAGAAGUCCAAAUCAGUCGCCAUUGGAGACAAAAUCGGAUCGAUCAGAGCUCGAAUCGAGCUUUUCUCGCUGAUGAAGACUCGAAAGCUGUGCCUGCAAGGCCGGCUCGGCGCGGGAGCCAUCUCUCACCGGAUCCACGCCUUCCUGGGGCAGAGUCACGACGGCGGCGGCGGCGAAGGUGGAUUUGAGGAAGAAGAUUCCGGCGGCAAGGCCGUAAUCGCCGUCAAUCACUGUGCCGGAGAGGAGAUUCGCGAGCAGGAUCAAUUGCUGAUCGAAUACAAUCAGCGAGAGGACGAGGAUGGGGACGCCGAUCACUGCGCCGCCUCUCCCUCCGCCGGCGAGGAUCAACUGCUGCUGGAAUACAAUCGCCAAGAGGACGAGGACGAGGACGGUAAAUAUCCAGAUCUGAGACAUUCUCUGUUCGAGGAGGGAGACGACGACGAUGAUGAGCAGUUGGGAGAUCCGAACGGAUCGGCGAUAGAAAUGGUGAAGAGUUCCAAGGAGGAGGGCGGAGAGAAGUUCAACCUGGAAGACGAGAUCGACGACGUCGCCGACUUGUUCAUCAAGAAAUUCUACAAACGGAUGCGCCUGCAGAGGCUCGAUUCUCUCAAGAGGUUCCAGGAGAUGCUUCUUAGAGGCACUUGAUUAACAUAACAAAUUUUCGGAGUAUCCCUUUCAUUAAUUUUGAGUGCACAUUUAAUCUAUUCAUUUUUCCUUUUUUUUAAUUCCAGAUUUGUUCUUAUUUCUUACUCCGUAUUUAGACUAGUAUCUGCCGUGCACGUGCCAUAUUUAUGUAACUAAAUUCAAAUCAAUUUUGAAUAAUAGAAAAUAAUAUGG